CUAUAAAAAAAAAUCUAUUGAUAAUGAAUAUUCAUACAAUGUUUUGCCAAUUGUUAGCCUAUUUGGGCAUUACAUGUAACAAUGAGUCACCAUCCCAUCCAAUAGUCAAUCCACAAACUGUUGGUCCAUAUAUUAGGCCAACUAACGGUCCGAUUAGGCCACUACUUAACAAUGGACAAAAUUGGGCAGAUAAUUGUGGUCUACCGAUUAACGGCAGUCAACCAAAAUUUUUGGAAACUAAAAUAGUGGGCGGUGGGGUUGUCAAUAUAAACAACUAUCCCUGGCAGGUAUCACUACAGCGAAGGACAACCUAUGGUUUCUAUCAUUUUUGUGGCGCUUCUCUAAUUCAUCCCCAGUAUAUAUUAACAGCAGCUCAUUGUCUACAAUGGGGAGUCCGUCAUUCACGACUAAGACCAGAUGCCAGGGAACGGCUAAGAGUUUUAGCCGGAGUUGAGUCGGCCAGUGAUGUGUCAAAGGGUUUAUUUAUGAGAGUAGUCGACGCUAUCAUACACCGUGAGUUUGUCAAUAAAACGGGGAAAAAUGACAUCGCAUUGAUUAGACUGGAAAAGCCUAUCUUAUUGAUGAAAAACAGAUCCAUUAAUACUAUAUGUCUGCCCAAACCUAAUGAACCACUUAAUAGACAAUUGAUUGUUACCGGUUGGGGAACAACAGCUGAAGACGGAGAAGCUUCAUUAGAUUUGAAGGCAGUAAUGGUACCAUUAGUAUCAUCAAGAGAUUGUGUGAGUGUUUAUGGCAGACAGUUAGCCCCACGGGUUGAGAUAUGUGCCGGUAGUGAGGGUAAAGACGCCUGUCAGGGCGAUUCUGGCGGACCUCUACUUCAAAUGGACAGAAAUGGUAGGGCUAGUCAAGUGGGAAUUGUAUCAGAAGGACAUGGAUGUGCCCGAAAAGGUUUCCCGGGAAUAUACACACGGGUGGAGGCAUUUCUCGGUUGGAUUAGAGACGCUAUGCUUGUUAUUUAGUUUAGUUAGUAAUUAGUUUUUUUUUUGUAUUAGUUGUUUUUGGUAAUUAUAAACAAAAAUAAUUAUAAUUAUUAUUUAGCAUAAUUACUAAU